AUGCCGGACUUCUUCCCCUUCAUCCCCGGAACCGAGACCGGCCGCGCCGCCCGGCAACACGCGAGCGACGCCUCGCCGCUUCUAGGCCGCUUCCGCGCCGUGCCCACCGCCUCGCGGUCCGGCGUCGGCUUCGGCGUCGGCGCCUCUUCCGCCGCGCAACAGCAACCGCCGCAGCUCGGCCUGCUAUCCACGAACGGCGGCGGCCGCGGCAGCGUGCACGUCGGGUACGGCGCGCUGCUGAUCGCCGGCAUGGAUUCUGAUUCGGGGGAAGACGAUGACGAUGACGACGACGAUGACGAUGAUGGCGAUGACGGGUUAGUGGGUAACGAUGAUAGUAAUGGGGGUAACGGCAGGAGGUGUGCGAACGUGGCGAGGAGGGCGUUGCGGGCCUGGCGUCGGUUCGCGAGGUUGUCGCGUCGGAGCGUGAGGGACUUGUGGGUUGCGCCUAGGCAGACGGCCGUCAAGCGCGUGGUCGAGAGUUGGUGGAGGCGUUGGGGAGUUCUGGUCUUCCUUCCCGCUGCUUUGGCAGUUGCAUGGUGCGCGAUCCCGUUCCCGCAAUAUGCCUUCCCGCCGAAUUCGCACGAAUCUAAGCCCGUGCCAGACUCUCCUUCCUCUCAGCACAGGGCACCUGGUCACGGUGAGGCGCGCGUACAAGUGAAUUUCUGGUUCUUCCUAUUGGUAUACUACGGAUUCUACAACCUAACGGCUCUGAUCUGGAUUACUAAAGUGUUCAACCUCUAUUCCCUCAACUGGUGGCCGUCGACUCUCGGUUUCCCCCUGACCGUCUCGCUCAUUGCGAUUAUCUCUCUCGCGGCUCCGAUCCCCGUAUAUCUGAUUCCGGAGGCGCGCUACCUGACGGUCCACAACACGGCCUGGAUCAGCUGGACAUUCGUCAUCAUGGCCAUGCCCGUGGCUAUUGCCUUCUGCAUCCUGAUGACGCACGAGCGUCAUUUGGGUCUUAGGAACUCGCUUAGCGAAACCCAGCGCAUAUUCACGAGUUCGUGGUGGACCGGCAAGUCGGACACGCUUUCAGCUACCCGAGACUUUAAUCGGCGUCGAGGGAGGAUGAGUCGAGCUAGGACCUCUUUCGAUCCGGACGCUGCAUUACAGAUCGCAGACCAGUCACGGCCAACCAUGCCGGCAUUCAUGCAACGACGCCGUUGGCUGCCCGCCAGCUUCGUGCGCUUCGUGUGGUUCUGCCUUGCGCUCUUCAUUAGCCUGCUCGCCUACCUGAUAGGAGAGGCGUACGCCGAGAUCUAUCUACGGACGCUGCCGCACAACAGUUUCGAAACGAUCGUCUAUGUCUACAGUUGGGUUGUGACGGUCCACCUGUUGGACGCGCUUACGGGUUGGAUCCUCGGUGCUACGGAAGGGGAGCGGGUAGGGAGCUAUCCCCUGAGUUGGAUCUUCAAGCUAAUGAACAGCUACUUCAUGUUGACGUACCAAACCUACGUUCGCGCGCUAUACGCGCGCCUUCGUUCACCCACUCAAUUUAUCUGGCUCCAAGGUCUCUCGUCCGGCUUCCUCAUCAUUCUUACCCCGGUAACUAUGACGCAAACUUAUCACCGCGUAUUAUCGAUGAUAGGAUUGACUACCCAGUCGUAUGCCUCGUACCAGAAGAUCUGCACCAGAAACGUCUUCAUCCGCUUCUUAGCUGAGAAUGUAAGCAUGCUCACGUUCCUAGGGAGCAUCUUGGUGCUGCACUUCGGGGCGAACAAAGACGUAUAUCCAUAUUUCGCCUUUGACGACCCCGAUGAAUUGUAUGACUUCGAACUAACAUUCUAUGCGUCCAUGAUUACUUGGGCUUGUGAGUUGGCGGCCGGAAUCGUUCUCAGAGGUUUAAUUCGGUGGAUCUUUGGAGUCAACGCCAGCGUCGAGGGGAAGAUGGACCUAGCUGUGUGGCCGGAGCUGCUACCUACGAGCGUAGCCGUAAUGUUGCAUGUAUUGCAGAGUAUGCUGUUCUCAAUCAUCCGAUUGCACUUUCGGUGACAGGAUGGUAGAGGAACCUUUGUUGAAUUGAUGUGGAGAGUCUGGAUUGGUGGCCCCCAGAGACUUUUGCAGCUCGGUUAAGCGUGGCCAGCGAAUGCUGCGCGCGCUUCGAAGUCUAGGGCGAGCGGAUAGGAUCUUAUCAAUGACAGAUUCUGGGGAAUCAGUGGUGCUCGGUCGACUGGAUUCUUUUGUCAGGCAAUGGUCUGUAUCCCAGGCCGUAGGCGUCUUGUUUGCUUUCAGUUGUUGCUCCUCGUUCAGUUGCUAUGCAGAGGUGCCCAAGGCGGAGUAGAUGAUACCCUUUUAGAACAAAUACCGUAGAAUAGAUAUCCCCUGACUGCUAAUCAAAUUUUACUAUAAUUUUACUGUGGCUUGCGCAGAGAGGGUGUGCAGUGACGUGGAUCGAAAUGAAGAUGCAUAUGUUCUGAUUGUUUCUGCAUUCCUGGAAGAGAGAAGACCUAAGGCGAAAUGGACACGUCCGCAGG